CUUUUAUACUAUACUACUUCCUCCAUUCCAGUGCGUCUUCUCCCGCUUAUGUUGAGAGAAACGAAAGCAACAUUGAAACGAUUCAUAGAUAGAUAGAUAGAUAAUCUCUCUCUCUCUCUCUCUCAAUUUUCACAUCAUCAUUCAUCACAACAUACAUACAUACAUACCUAUGCUUCCCCGUUUCUCUCACCUUCUCCGCCACUCUCCCACCCAUUCCAUCAUGUCACGUGCCAUCACCUGCAUCCCUCACUCCCACUUCUAUUCCCUAUCCACCAGUAACUACACCGCCGCCCUCCAUUUCCGCGGCAACUCUCCUCGCCGUAUCUCUUCUGCUCUUUUCGAUCGUACCGUCAACAACCACCACCCGCAACUGUUUCAAGGAGUCCGUGCGUCCGCUGGCGGACACAGAGAAUAUCGGAAAGUCAGAAGGAGAACACCUAGGAGCAAGCAGAAGGAGUUAGAACUCUCCGUCGACAUUUGCAUCGAAGAAGAUUUGCCUGAUGAUCCUGAAAUUUUGAGUAUUGCAGAGAUGCUUCGCUUAAAUGUUCCAAUGGCAAUGAAACUGGCAUUUGAUGGUUUAAAAGGUUCAGUGUAUAAAACAAGAGACGCUGCUAUAGAUGAUGUUGGUGGGUUUGAUAGUGUUGAGUUAUCGGUGCUUCUUUGCAAUGAUGAGUUUAUACGAAAACUUAACAAGGAAUGGAGAGAUGAAGAUCAUGCUACCGAUGUUCUCUCAAUGUCACAACAUGUACCUGGACUCAACCUUCCUAUUCUUAUGUUGGGUGAUAUUGUCAUUUCUCUUGAGACAGCAGCAAGGCAAGCCGAGGAAAGAGGCCACACUCUUCUUGAUGAGAUUCGUAUCCUCAUGGUCCAUGGUUUGUUACAUCUUUUGGGAUUUGAUCAUGAAAUAAGCGAAGAGGCUGAAGUAGAAAUGGAGAAAGAGGAGGAACUCCUUUUGAAGAGUCUUGGUUGGAAAGGAAAAGGGCUAAUAAAGAGUGCAUAUGAUGCUAUUGCUGACACAAAUUCAAAUUAUCACCAAACCAGUUCGGAUGACAGGAAGAAAGAAGGCAGUCUUAGAUUUUACAAACCAAAGUUCAGCUAUAUCUUCUGUGACAUGGAUGGAACAUUGCUGAACAGCAAAAGUCAAAUUUCUGCUUCAACUGCCAAGGCUUUGAGAGAGGCCUCAGAAAGGGGUGUGAAAAUUGUGAUAGCCACCGGAAAAGCUCGUCCAGCUGUGAUAGAUAUUUUUAAGAUGGUGGAUUUAGCCGGAAAAGAUGGCAUUGUUUCAGAGUUCUCUCCUGGGGUUUUCUUGCAGGGAUUGCUUGUUUAUGGUAGACAAGGUCGGGAAAUAUAUAGGAGCAACUUAGAUCCAAAUGUGUGUAGAGAGGCAUGUCUUUAUUCUUUGGAGAGUAAGAUUCCACUUAUUGCAUUUUGUGAAGGCCGCUGCUUAACCCUUUUUCAUGAUCCACUUGUUGAUUCACUUCAUACAAUAUACCAUGAACCGAAGGCUGAGAUCAUGCCAUCCGUUGAACAUCUUCUGGCUUCUGCAGACAUUCAGAAAAUGAUUUUCUUAGACACUGCCCAGAGUGUGGCUGAUACAUUACGGCCAUACUGGUCAGAUGCAACAAAAGGUCGGGCCACUGUUGUUCAAGCUGUGCCAGACAUGCUGGAGAUCGUACCCUUGGGAACAUCUAAAGGGAGUGGAGUAAAAGUUUUGCUUGAUCAUUUGGGGGUUACUACUAAGGAGAUAAUGGCUAUUGGUGACGGGGAAAAUGAUGUAGAGAUGCUUGAGAUGGCUUCUUUAGGCAUAGCACUCAGUAAUGGAUCAGAGAAGACCAAAGCUGUGGCUAACGUAAUUGGUUUAAGCAACGACGAAGAUGGUGUAGCCGACGCCAUCUAUCGGUAUGCAUUCUGAGCAUCUAAAGGCUACUACAAUCAUUGCAUCCCCUUCAUAUAGGGGUUUAAGCUAAUACCCCUGAUUAUUUUUUGGCUUCCAUUUUUUUCCUUCACAAGAUUAAAGAUGAAGAAAUAUAUCAUGUCAUUUAUACUAGUCAUUAAAAUGAGUAACUAAUUCUUCUUUCAUUAAGGUUACAUUGGUUUCAUGUCGAAAGGCAUGGCCACUUUGCUUCCCCGUUUGCUAUACAACUAUUUUUGGAAUCAGAAAUUAAAAACCCUUUACCAACACAGGUAAACAAACAUACCAUUGAUCUUAA